UUAAUUCUGUCCAGAUCAUAUGUUUACUAAAGUUUAUGGAAUUCUGUUCUAUCAGAUCAAAAUUACUGUGCAAAUAACCAAUAAAACAGUGCCAACAUUAGACUCAGCCGUGUACAAUAAAACAGUGCUAACAUUAGACUCAGCAGUGUACAAUAAAACAGUGCUAACAUUAGACUCAGCCGUGUACAAUAAAACAGUGCUAACAUUAGACUCAGCAGUGUACAAUAAAACAGUGCUAACAUUAGACUCAGCAGUGUACAAUAAAACAGUGCUAACAUUAGACUCAGCAGUGUACAGUAAAACAGUGCUAACAUUAGACUCAGCAGUGUACAGUAAAACAGUGCUAACAUUAGACUCAACAGUGUACAGUAAAAUAGUGCUAACAUUAGACUCAGCAGUGUACAGUAAAACAGUGCUAACAUUAGACUCAGCAGUGUACAUUAAAACAGUGCAAACAUUAGACUCAACAGUGUACAAUAAAACAGUGUACAGUAAAACAGUGCUAACAUUAGACUCAGCAGUGUACAGUAAAACAGUGCUAACAUUAGACUCAGCAGUGUACAAUAAAACAGUGCUAACAUUAGACUCAACAGUGUACAGUAAAACAGUGCUAACAUUAGACUCAGCAGUGUACAGUAAAAUAGUGCUAACAUUAGACUCAGCAGUGUACAAUAAAACAAUGCUAACAUUAGACUCAACAGUGUACAAGUAAAACAGUGCUAACAUUAGACUCAACAGUGUACAUUAAAACAGUGCUAACAUUAGACCCAACAGUGUACAUAUAUAAAAAUUCUAUAAAUUUAAAAUA